AUGUCCGACAAGCGCUUCAGUGCGCUCGCUAAAGAUCCGCGAUACCGUCUCCCCAGCAAAAAGGAAGCCCGCACUGCUGUCGACCCUCGAUUCAAGACAUUGUUCACAGACCAAGAAUUUCGCAAGAAGGCUAGCGUAGAUCGCUAUGGGCGAAAGAUCAAACCUGAUGCCGGCAAGAAAGAAUUGGAGAGGCUGUACAGAUUAGAUAAAGACGAUGAGUCGGCGAAAAAGGCGGACAAGAAGGUCGAGCGAGAGGUGGUCGGUAGCUCAGACGAGAGCGAGGGAGGCGAGGAUGAAAGUGAAGACGAGGAAUUGGUUGAGAAGCGCGACCCUGCGCGAGAUGGAGGCUUCUCAGGAUCCUCAUCAAGCGAAGAAGAGACGUCAGAUGAAGAGGAAAAAAGCGAAGAAGAGGCAGAACUGGCAGACGAUACCGCGGGAAAUGAGCACACUGAAGACAUUCCUAUGGGCGACGUCUCUAAACGGAUUGCCUGCGUGAACUUAGACUGGGACAACAUACGUGCUGCAGAUAUUAUGGCAGUAGCAUGUAGCUUUGCGCCGAAGAGUGGGAGGGUAGAAAGUGUCACAAUAUACCCCAGCGAAUUUGGGCGGGAGCGACUGCAGCGAGAAGAGUUCGAGGGCCCCCCACGAGAAAUAUUCGCCAGCUCGAAAAAGAAGCGAGAUAACGAGGACGAGGACGAUGACGAAAGCUCAGACGAUGACGAGAAAAUCAAGGAGCGACUAUUGAAAGACCAAGCUGGCGAAGGAGAAGAGUUCGACACUGCUAAGCUGAGGCAAUAUCAGCUGGAGCGCUUACGCUACUAUUAUGCAGUGAUCGAAUGCUCGGAUAAUGCUACAGCUAAGACGUUGUACGACUCCAUGGACGGGCGCGAAUACCUAUCUACGUCAAACUUCUUCGAUCUGCGUUUCAUUCCAGACGAGACCUCAUUCGAUGAGGAUACUCCUCAUGAUGAAUGUGUGGAUCUUCCGCAAGGCUACAAACCCAACGAAUUUCGCACGGAAGCGCUGACGCACUCCAAAGUCCGCUUGACAUGGGAUGACGACGACGCUACUCGUAAAGAAGUCCAAAAGCGUGCUUUCUCUCGUGCAGAAAUGGACGAGAACGACCUCCAAGCCUAUAUCGGUUCGGAUGACAGCGACGCAGACUCCAUCUCCUCUCGCGUCUCAACCGCCGAACAAAAGCGCAAAGCCAAAGCCGACGCCAAACGAGCCAAAGCACGAGAAGCUUUCGGCUUGUCUCUCGAACCCACGAAAUCCAGCAAAACGGACAAACACGAAGUGGUAGGCGACAUGCAAAUCACCUUCACUCCCGGUCUAUCCUCCAAAACAAGUGGCCAAGUCUUCGAAAACGAACCCCAAGAUGAAGAAUCCACCCGACAACGCUACAUCCGGAAAGAAAAAGAACGCAAACAAAAACGUAAGGAACGCGCCAAAUCUCGCAAUGCAGAGGAAGAAGAAGAAGCAGACCUCGGCGCCAAAGAGGAGAAUGAUGACGACGAAGGUUUCAACGACCCCUUCUUCCACAACCCCACCGCCUCCGCCGCCGCAGAAAAAUCCGCCCGCAAAAAAGCCGCCAAACGCGCCGCUCGCGAAGCCGUCAACGCCGAAGCCGAAAGCCGUCGUGCCGAACUCGAACUCCUCAUGACGGAAGAAGGAGAAGCAGGCGCCGCUCAACAUUUCGACAUGCGAGAGAUUGAAAAGGCGGAGAAGGCUGCGAGGAAGAAAGGGAGGAAGAAGAAAUCCGAGGGCACAGCAGCCGCACAAGAGGAUUUUGAGCUUGAAACUUCGGAUCCGAGAUUCAAGGCGCUCUUUGAGAGUCAUGAGUAUGCGAUUGAUCCUACUGCGCCGGCGUUUAGGAGGACGAAAGCUAUGCAGGGGUUACUGGAGGAGAAGAGGAGGAAGAGGAAGGGUGAUGAGGACGAGGAGGAUGGGGAGAGUAGGGUGAAGAAGGUGAAGAAAGAUGAGGAUGCUGGAGGUGGUGAGGAUGAUGUCAAAGGUCUUGUGGCGAGGUUGAAGGAUAAGAGUAAGAAGAGGAAAGCUGGCAGGUCAUAGUUUGAACAUGAGCUGUUUGGUCCGGGCUGUGGAUACUUAAGAUAAUGCAUUUCUCCUAUCAUCUAAUUCCACGCCACCAACAGCUGGGCCAGCGCCUUCUUCGUCGAGACCGAUACCUCUGUUCCGAUCACUGUUCUGUAGCCCCGCACUAUCCGGAGGUGAUUCGCCGACGCUUGCAUAGCCACCGCUAUCAAGUCGUGGCGCUCCUCUUCCAACCCCGACCUUCACUCCGACCCAAGACGCAGCGCUUCUCAGAUACUCCCACAUCGUCUCUUGUACUCUGAUCUGGCCGGCUUCAUCCCGAGGGUUCUCGUGUGCUUCGGCUUGGAAUUGGUAUUUGAGGCAGUCUUUGACGGUGACCAAUCCUGUCAGUCUUCCGCGAUGCUCGACGAGAAUGACUCUGGGGCCGAGCUUUUUGAAAAGUUCCAUCACGGUCUCCAGUGGGAGGCGAGGAUGGACGGCCAGAGGAGUAGGGUCUACAAACUUGCUGAAGUCCACGCUCAUCGCUGGUCCUGUCUCAGCGAUGUCGUCGAAGGUGAUCGCGGGAGCAAGCGUACUUGGAGUUGUAGCGGUUCGUGGUACGUCUUGAGGUGCGAAGUGGCAUUUGGCUGAUGGAUGUACCAUUUGUCCUCGUUUCGCGCGAUCGAGAGCGUAGCGCAAUUCUGUGCGGCCGAUGUAGCCGAGCAGGAUGUGAGUCUCGGCGUCUUCCACGAUCGGAAAGCCUUGGUACUUGGAUUCAGCGAGAAUGCGUUCGACU